GAGAGAAAAAAGGAGAAAGCAGCGACGCGCUAGGCAUGAAUUACCAGAUGAAAUGAGCUGAUUUAAGAGAUAUCUUGAAUUUUGGAGCGUAGGUGAUGUAUAUGGUAUAAGUAACAACUUUAUACUCCGGUUGUAUCCCUAUUAAUUCUACCCAUUUUCGAAUGAUUGACCCACUUACCUGACACACAAGACUUAUCCACCUGAGAUGUCCCACCACGCCAACGACGCAACCGAGCCAUGGGAUUACGACUGGACCGCCGGUCUCGAAGCCAUAAUUCCCGCUAUAUCUGCGUCACUCAAAGAUGACACUCGUUUCGAGAGAUACCUUUAUGAAAGUAGGAUCGCGGAAGAGAAGAAGGGAGCACCUUUAGAGAUUGAGGAAAUGAAGGCGAUCCGCCAAAAGUCGAAGGAUGAUCUCGAACACGAGCUUGGAGUUGAACGCAUCCGUCAGGACUGUUGGGCAAGACUUCAAAUAUGAGGGACAGUGAACAAGGAAUUCAAGAACGCGGGAUUUAAAGAGAUGAAAGUUGAAAAUAAAGAGGCCAAUAAGAAAGCGGGGGAGUGGGGGAGUGGUGAGAUUAAUACAAUUGCCAGUGGAGCUAUGGUCUCAUCCAAGGGGGCCGCAAACGAAGUGACUAAUUUACUCAUCGGGAACAAUAUCCAUUCAGACCCUAUGACUUCGAAUGUUACAAAGGAAGAUAACUUUACCGAGUAGACCACAAACACAAACCAAAUCAUGAUUAGAAUCAGAUACGCUCCA